AUGGCGCCUUCAAGAAAGAAUCUCUUUGUAGCCGUGCUCCUAAUAAUUGUCAUCGUGGCCGCCGUAUGUUCAAUGCCUGCUUGCACGCAGAGUGAAUGCCGGCACCUGAGCGGCAAAUAUCAUGGACUGUGCUUCGUUGACUACGCUUGCGAUAAUGCAUGCUCUUUUGAAGAACCCGAGAUCAUUUAUGGCGCUUGUGACGACUUCAAAUGCUACUGCCAUACAUGCUGA